AGCAACAGGUGAAAUUUGAUCUUAAACUGCGUUUCAGUUUUGGAAUCAAACAGGAAGAAUAAACGAACCGGGCCUCUCCAGGGUAACUCCCACAUCCCGGCAUUCCAGUCUGACACCACACCUUUAUAGUCAAGGAAUCGCAAUGGCUGAAGACCAGAUGGUAACAUCAGCUCAGCACUAUUUGGAAUGCGGCAAUGAAGGUUGUGGGAAGAACUGCCAGUUUUACUGCAAUCCAUGUCACAGAAGAUUGUGUGAAGAAUGCAAAGAUGAACAUCAGAGGAAUCCAAUGACAAAGCCUCACGAAGUAGUCCUAUUUAAUCAACGUAAACGUCAACUUCCGGUGAAGAAAUGCACGCUCCAUCCUACUCGAAAUAUAGAUAUUCUUUGCAAAGAAUGCAAUGUGCCCUUGUGUUCCAAGUGCUCAACGAUGGAAAAACACCAAGGACAUACAUUCAAUGAUCUGGAGGACAUCUUUGCAGGGAAGAUUGAAUCUAAUGGUAAGAAAAUCUCCGAAAUCCGAGGAUAUUUCCUCCCAACAGCACAAGACUUGAAAAAGGAAACCGAGGAAGAUGGCAAAGAAAUAAAGAAGAUUAUGGACAGCAUUAGAGAUUCUAUAAAAGAUGAAGCCGAGUCUCUCAAGAGUCUGGUAGACAAAGCAACUUCAGAAAAAUUGGAACGUGCCAAUUCUAUUGAAGAUUCACUUCUCAAACAGUUAAAACCACAAGAAACAACUUAUAAAGAAUACAUUGCAUACCUUGAAACACUUGUUGGGGAUCUUCGUGGCAACUUUCCCAUAACCGAUGGCGGAGGUUCAUCUGUUGCAUGCAGCCUGGAGAUCAAACCCAUACCAGAAACAACCAAACCUAAUCUACCGAAAUACAGAUUUGGCCAAUUCAGCAAAGAUAAUGUUGGCAAAUUACUUGGAAGUAUAGUUGUUCCUAGCGUUAAAGAGGAAAAAAGAAAAAUAAAACCCAUGGAAAAGGAUUCUUCUUCACAGUUGAAUCCUGCAGGGGCGCAGGGAGAACUAGAACAAAGAGCUGACGCGAUUAAGAGGCCAAUUGUCUCUGAGGUGAGGGCGUUCAAAGUACCAGGUGUGGACAGCACUUGGUAUUUGUCUGUGGAUAAAUCAGGCAGAGUCUGGGCCAGUGAUGAUGGUGGUAACCUUGUCCAAACAGACCCAGAAGGGAAUCAGCUACAGAAGAUACAAACCAGUGGUAAAGAUGAGGGCUACCACACAGUCACACCGACCGGGGACCUGCUCUACGCAGACAAGAUCAAAAAAAUUAUCAAUAAGAUACCACAGAGUAAUAGAAUCAGUAAAUUUUUUAAAACGGGGGACUGGGAACCACUCAGCAUUCACUCCUCCCACAUCAACGGGGACGUACUGGUGGGCAUGAGAAAGGACCGGGAGGCUAAAGUCACCAGGUAUAAAAACGGGAAAGAAAUACAGAACAUACAGAUGGAUAACAAACGUCAAGCUAUGUAUAAUUCUCCAUUGUACAUCACAGAAAACGACAAUGGAAAUAUAUGCGCAUCCGACGAUGAAAAGCAAGCGGUAGUAGUGGUCAGUAAAGCAGGACAACACAGGUUCUCCUAUAGAGGCCAAGAGCCAGAAUUCCAUCCUUAUGGAAUAUGCACCGACUGUUCUGGAAACAUCCUAAUUAGUGUUGGGCUUUUAUCAAAUGGCACAGUAGAAAUCAUAAGCCAGGACGGUCAUUUUCUGAGUCGGCUAUUCGCAAUGGACCAAGAGAUAACGUCUCCACGUUGUGUAUGUGUGAGUGAUAAAAAUAAUCUGUAUGUUGGACAAGAAAUGUCUAACAAGGUGAAAGUGUUCAAGUAUGAAUUUAAGUAACUCUCAAUAUUUACAGAACCUAGAAGACAGCAAGCUUGCAGAGACUCCUUUUGUUAGAUAAAACAUGGACAACUUUUGACUGAAUGUGAGCUAUAACAGUAAAAAAAACCAUGAACCUUAAAAGGCCAAGGUUAUGUUUGAUUGUGAGUGAUUUCGAUGUUUUGAUUUGUCGUUUUUAAUUUUUUUUUAUAUUUUGGCAUAUUUCAAUAUAUUCGUAGUUAUGCAUUUAUCUCUAUUGCAUGCACCUAUUUUAAAAUAAAUCUACAAUAUUCUACAUGUUAAGAAAGAUUGAAAUGCGACUUUAAAUAGUGUUCAACUGACCUGAAAAAAUAAAAUAAAAUGCUGUUAUCGGCA